AUGCCAAGUGCAGCAAUAAUUGAUUCAUUUGUAACUGAUUAUCAACGUUCAUCAUUACUUAUUCCAUCAUUUAAUAAUGAAUUUUCAUUACAAUUUCAACAACAACAACAACAACAACAAAUAGCCGAUUCACUUGGUAAAAAAAGUCAAAAUAUGACCGAAUGUGUACCGGUGCCAAGUUCGGAACAUGUCGCCGAAAUUGUUGGUAGACAAGGUUGUAAAAUAAAAGCAUUACGUGCUAAAACAAAUACAUAUAUUAAAACACCCGUUCGUGGUGAUGAACCUGUUUUUAUUAUAACUGGUCGAAAAGAAGAUGUUCAUAUAGCAAAAAAAGAAAUUCUAUCAGCUGCUGAACAUUUUUCACAAAUACGAGCUGCUCGUAAACAACAAAGUAGUACGAGUAGUUCAUCGAAUAGUAGUACAAGUAGUGGAAGUAAUACAAAUUUACAUAUAAAUAAUUUAAUAUUACCAAGUCAACAAACAACAAUACAAGUUCGUGUACCAUAUCGUGUUGUUGGUUUAGUUGUUGGACCUAAAGGUGCAACUAUAAAACGUAUACAACAAACAACAAAUACAUAUAUAAUAACACCAGGUCGUGAUAAAGAACCUGUUUUUGAAAUAGCUGGUUUACCGGAAAAUGUUGAAGCUGCACGUUUGGAAAUUGAAAGUCAUAUUGCUGCACGUACAGGACAAACAUCAUCAUCAGGUCAUCAAUCACCUGUUGAAGAUAAUAAUGAUGAUAUAAAAUGGAUGAAAACAAAAUUUACUCAUCAUCUAUCACUUCCAUUUAAUAAUAAUACAAUUGAUGAUAAUAAUAAACAUAUUCCAUUACGUACGGUAUCUCAAUCAUCUUAUUUUCCAUUAGAAGAUAAUUCAUUAAUGAAUCAAUCAUUCGAUUUUGGUUCAUCAUUUGAUUUAAUUAAUGAACAAACAUCGGAUAAUAAUAAUAAUAUUAAUAAUAAUAAUAAUAAUAAUAAUACAAUAUUUGAUUCAGUUUGGUCAAAUUUUAGUCUUUUAUCAUUGAAAACAUCAUGA